AUGGCUUGGUCGAAGCCUGGUCUUCGGAAGUGCUGGGCGAUGGGCAGGUAUCGCGUGCUGUCCAAGCUGGGUGCCGGUGCAUUCUCGACCGUCUGGCUUUGCACGGAUGAGAAGGACUCCUCCCAAGAGCCGCGGUUGAUCGCCAUGAAGGUGUGCAAGUCGAAGAAGAGCGUCACGGAGCAGGCUCAAGAUGAGGUCAUGCUACUCGAACGGCUACAUGAGGACGGCAGCUCGCCACAUGUGGUCAAGAUGCUGGACCACUUCUGGCACACCGGCACGAAUGGUCGCCACAAGUGCAUGACAUUCGAGGUGAUGGGGGAGAACUUGUUGGCUCUGGUCCGGCACCACAACUACGAGGGCCUUCCCAGAGACCUCUGUCGACGUCUAUCAAGGCUUGCAAGGGUGGACACGGCGCUGGUGCAGAAGUGCAUGCCACGGGACUUCGUGGAGAGAGGAUGUCCUGCGCCUCUCUUUAAUGCCGCGAGCUCACGGCUCAAGGAGACGAAGGUGGAGCUGUCGAAGCACCGUGGCCUGGCAGCCAAGAAGGAUCUGCAGCUCCAACAAGACACUGCCAGAUUGUUGCAAGCGGUCGACCUGCGACAUCGACAGGACGAGCUGCAAUCGGAGCUCCAAGCAGCGAAGUCCUCCCACGCUGGGGAGCUGGAAGCCCAGCAGAAGCACUUGGAGGAGCAGCACUCCGAGGAGCUCUUGCGCCAGCUGUUCCAGGCGGAGGAGAGCGAAAGGAAGCUCUUGCAGGAGCACAGCCAAGAGCCUGGUGCUGCCGUCUUGCUGCUGGAGGACUCCGCGGCCUUCCGUGCCGAGGCCGAGCAGGCCACCUGGCAGCAGAAGACCGAAAUCCAGGAAGCCGAGCUGCUCAUGGCUUCUCUCCAGCAGGAGCUCCUUGAUGCCGGCGACGAGAUUCGGAUCUUGAGGCAAGAGCGAGACAGCGAGAGCGAGGCGGCAUUCGUGACCCAGGAGGCUUACCUCGCUGAGUCCCGAGCCUCCGUCCGCCAGCAGGAGGGAGAGGGAGACUGCGAGACCCGAAGCUUCUCUGGCGCAGAGGCGUUGCAAGCAGAGGUCCGGGCCGGGCCCGAACGUCCGGACGAGGCUUUCGGAGGUCGCAGCCUUCGAGGAGAGCCAGCGCGGCUUGGAUGGUCAGCUCAGCAAGGUGGCCUACACAGUCGGCCAGCGGGACCACGAGCUCAAGGUCAAGGACACGGAGUUGCAGGAGGUCCGCAGCAGCCUCGCUGGCAUGCAGGACGAGAUGGAGGAGGUGAGCUGCCAGCUCAAGGUCCAGUGCGACCGCGUGCAGCGCGUGGAGAGGGAGCUGGCGCUGUCCCGGGACGUCAGCGAGAAAGUCAGCAAUCUGAGACAGAUGCUGCAAGAGUCGCACGGUGGCAUCUCCCGUCUCUGUCGGCUUAUCGACGAGGAGAGACAAAAACGCGAGCAAUACGUGCAAGGCCUGAAGCAGCAGAGGUUGCGCACCGAGUUGCUCCUGCAGCUACUGCAGCACUUCAAGAAUCGAACCCAGGACUUGGGGCCCGACACGAUCUUGGCUGGGGUCGGUUUGGCCGGCCCGUGUGGCUCCGGCUCCAGCGAGCCGAGGAUGCAGCCACACCAAGCAAAGCCCGCGAAGCCGUGAAGGGACGGAAAAAGACUUGGAGUCGGCACACGCUGAAAGGCUUGCAGCACAUCCAUGCCCGCGGUGUCAUCCACACGGAUGUGAAGCUCGAGAAUGUUCUCAUAUGCCGACACGACAUGUCGGUGCUCCUGCAAGAGGCAUCCAGGGCACAUCGAGCCUUCCAGGAGCAGAAGUCCGGCCUGGAGACUCUCUCGAAAAGCCAGAAGAAGCGAAUGAAGAAAAAACAGAAAGCCAAGGACGCCAACAUCGCCGGCUCCGAAGACCCCAAGACGGAGGCUGCGGCAGAGGAGGUGGAGGCAGAGGUGACCGAGGGUCAGCCGCAGGCAGAGGUGGUGAAUGGCGUGACCAGCGUGAACGGCAAGGGUAAGGGCGACGGAUAUCCGAAGCCGGAAGGGGAGGUGCCAGCAGCCGGCAAUGUUCCGGGUGAAGCACCCCCAGGGCAGCCCAUACCUCCGAUCAGACAAAGAGAUCGCUUCGAGAACCUGCAGCUCGAAGAGACCUUCGCGAAGUUGGCGGAUUUUGGGAACGGCAUCAAGGUGCUGAGCCGGGCGGGAGGGGGAGAAAAGAGACAGGAGCCGCCAAAAGCGAUGGAGCUGGCCAUGCCUCCCACGGAGGUGUCGAAGGGCUUCGAGAGCGCGAUGCCUAUGCACGUGCAAGUUGGAAGCCUUGGCCAAGUGCCCCCGGCCAUGCCCGUGACUGAGAGCUCCCAGAGCCAGUGCCUGCGGGCGCUUGCGGCGAUGAGCGAUGAGAGUGAAGAUUUAGGCUUUGUCACCCAGGCUCCCUUGCCCAAUCUCCUCACGGGCCGGAUGAUGGACCCUACCUUGGCCAUGAAGGCCAGCACUGUUCGCGUCUGGAUGACCUCGAAUGGCCAGUGGACGCCUGGCAAUGAGGGGGAGUUCUCCUCCGCGAGCUCCUUGGGCUCUUCUCGUUCGCGCGAGAGUGAGGACCUCGAGGAGGUGAGUCCGGUGGCCUCCCUUGUGGUUUGCGGGCAGGCACUCGGCCAGGAUGUCAAGCGGUUCCAGUGGGUCCCACCAAAAGGCUGGGAUGGCCAUGCUCGCGCCCUGGAGAUUUCGGCUCGGAAUACCUUCGAUUGGGAUGGCAGUCGUCCUGUACCUCCGCCAGGAGGCCGUCCAUGGCUGUUGCCUUGCAGUGAUGAGAUGGCGCUCAGGAUUGCAAGGCUCCGGAAGCCUUUGCGCGCGGCCGGAUGGAAAGUCAUCACCUCGCCACCCCUAAUUAUCGAGAGCCUGGGCGACAAGGCAAAGCUUCCGGGCUACGCCGCCAAGAUUGGAAAGCUGGACUUCCUUCCGCGGCACUUCGCGAAGCCUCAGGAAGCAAGGUAUCCAUGCAUCUUGAAACCAUCGCAGGGCGAGUUCGGCAAGGAUUCCUGGAUCUGCCAGACAUGGCAGGACGUGCGCCGCCAUGCCCCGGACUUCGGGUCCGAGUCGCAAGGAGAAGCGACUUGGGUGCUGCAAGAGCUUGUCCCCGGCAGCGUGGAGCUGUCCGUGUCCAUGCUCGUCUCUGCGGGAUCCAUACUGGAUGUGGUGGGCAUGCGCUACACCUAUGACAGGAGCAUCUACAUCUGGCCCAAUGUUGUCGAGCUGAAAAAGGAGCUCUACGAAGUUCCGACACAGCACAUCGAUGUCCUGGCCGCCUUUGUCGGCGAAUAUGAUGGUAUUCUGAAUUUCAACUACAAGAUCCGGCCAGAUGGGAGGAUCUGCCUCUUCGAAGUGAACACCCGCAUCGGCGCAGAUUUGGCUUGUGAUGUUCCAAGGGAGCGGGCUCGGCAGCUGUUCUUGACGCUGGCCGGAGAAGAUCCGUGGCUGAGGAUGGCGACCGACUGCAUGGGGAAAGCGUGUGGCAAAUCUGCCGAUGUGCCGGUAGAUGUGAACCUGCCUCAGGGCAAGAAGAGAAGUGGACGCGGCAAGGGCAAGAAGGAUCACUUCGAGGGCCUCACUGCUGCUCCCGUCGCUGUAGGCGAGCUGCUCGGCAACGCCGCCGUGCUCGACGCGCUGGCAGAGGUCCGCCGGGACGGGGCGAAAAGCCAAGUUCUGCUAAGAGACGUCCUCUCCCACGUCGCCGAGCUGGCACAAGACUCGGAAGGGAGCCGCUUUUUGCAGGCAAAGUUGGAGACUGCCAACACGGCCGAGCGCAGGGAGGUCUUCGACGCACUGCUUCCGAAGAUGGAGAUGCUUGCCGGAGACUCUUCCGGCAGCGCAGUGGUGCAGAAGUUGCUGGACAUCUGCACACCAGACCAGCGUAGAGCCAUCGUGGAGAAGUUCCGGCAGUCCGUUGUGAAGCUGUCCUUGAAGAUGCACGGCUGCCGCGUCAUCCAGAAGGCGUUUCAGGUUUGCCCACCAGAACUCCAAUCCAUGCUUGCUGGAGAGUUGCGACAUGGAGUGAUUGAUUGCAUCAAGAGCAUGCAUGGCAACCACGUGGUCCAAAAGUGCAUUGAGCAGAUGCCACCGGAGUCCGUCUCCUUUGUCGUGGAGGCUGUGGAGGACAAGGCAGAAGCUAUGGCGGCGCAUAUCUACGGGUGCAGAAUCAUCCAGCGCUUGCUGGAGCACUGCACACCAAAGCGCCUGGAAAAGAUGUUGCAGCAGAUCCUCCGCAGCAUCACCAAACUGUCCACAGAUCCGUACGGCAACUAUGUCAUUCGCCACAUCCUUGAACAUGGCAAUCCGGAGCAUAAGAGGAGCAUUGUGAAUGAGGUCUGUGGUCACGUUCUUGAGCUUGGGAAGGAUAAGCAUGCCAGCAAUGUGGUGGAGAAGUGUUUCGAGGCAUUCGCAAUGACUUUUGUCGAAGACUGCCGCAAGGAGCUUUUCCUUCCAAGCAGUUCACAUGCCUUCUUCGUUCUGAAGGGAUUAGCAAAGCGAGCCUAA